AAUAACACUGCACGUGUGACGUGUGAUUUGGCGGCAACUGGCGACCAAUGCAUUAAAAAUAUUGUAUACAAUUGCUGCUUUUGCUUGGAACAAAUUAAUUCACAAAUAUGGGAAUCACUGGUUUACUGCCGUUCUUAGAAAAGUCUUCCAAGAAGACGAAUAUUAGAGAAUUUUCCGGUGGUGUUGUCGCGAUCGAUUCUUAUUGUUGGUUACAUAAAGGUGUGUUUUCUUGCGCCGAAAAAUUGAUGAUGGGUCAGACAACGAAUGCGUAUGUUCUGUAUUGUAUGAAAUACAUAGACAUGCUUUUGAAGUAUAAAAUAAAACCAAUCCUGGUAUUUGACGGUCGACGGUUACCUGCUAAAGAACAAACGGAGAAUAAAAGGAAACAGACUAGACAAAUGAAUCGCCAGAAAGCAAUUGAGUUAAUACAAAUGGGUCAAGUUGCGGAGGGAAGAAACUUGUUGAAACGAGCUAUAGAUAUUACUCAUGAAAUAGCAUUGGGAUUAAUUAAACAUUGUCAGAAUGAGAAUAUUGAUUGCAUUAUAGCUCCUUAUGAGGCAGAUGCACAAUUAGCUUAUUUGAAUAUUAGUGGUAUAGCUGAUGUUGUUAUUACGGAGGAUAGUGACUUGACAUUAUUUGGAUGUAAGAAAGUUAAUAUUUUUAAAAUGGAUGUUAAUGGAAAUGGAGUUUUAAUCGAACAAGACCGCUUACAUUUGGCAAUGAAUAUGCGACCUGAAGAGCUUGAUAUGGAUAAGUUUCGUUAUACUUGUAUUUUGUCUGGUUGUGAUUAUCUCCCUUCACUUCCUGGUAUUGGUUUGGCAAAGGCGCGAAAAUUCAUCGAAAGAAAUACAGAUCAUAAUAUACAUAGAGCAUUGACACGCAUAGGAUCAGUACUCAACAUGAAAUCGCUGAUUGUGACACAGGAAUAUAGAGAUGCAUUUAUAUUAGCAGAUAUAACGUUCAAAUACCAAUUAGUGUUCUGUCCAUUACAAAGGAAGCAAGUGCGAUUGAAUCCACCCACAAUUGACAUUACCGAAGACCAAUUACAAUACGCCGGCAAAGAAUUAGAUGCGGAUCUUGCUUUACAACUAGCCUUCGGCAAUUGCGAUCCGUCUACUUUAAAAAUAGUUCACGAUUUUAAUCCAGAUAAAAUCGAGCGUAAAAGGAAGCGAGACAUGGAAGAAGAAGCAUCGACGAUUCACACUAGCAUUUGGUCAAACAAAUAUAAAUUGAAAACGAAAAAUUACGUUUCAUUUUCGAAAAAUGCAGUAAAUUCAUGGAUUACUCCUAAAAAGAGCUGGCUCUAUCAAAAAAACUUGACGAAGGAAUCGAAUAAACACACUUUAUCAGAAUUACAUAAUAAUCCGACUGUGCCAUGUAAUAGGCUUUCAGAAAAUCAGGAUUUCAACGAGAAAGCUAUUUUGGAUAUAUAUAAUUUCAAUCAAGAUGCUAAAUUAAUUUCCAGUGCUGAAAAGAAAGAGAAAGAGGAACACCUAUGUUUUGCAGAAAAUAAUAUGUCACCAGAAUUAUUGAAAUCCAGAAAUCCAUUUAUUAAACGAGUAUCCGAACUGACAACUUCGCCGAGUGUUUUGUUCAACGGAAACUGUCGAAGAAGAGGAAAGAAUUUAAUGCGUAUAAGACGGACUAUUGUGGACGAAAAUGUUAUAGUGGAGAGCAAAUAUUUCUCCAAACAAGAUAAUGAAAACCCUAACGUGAUUCCAGAAACGAAUAACAGCAUAUACGACACUAGAACAAAUCAAGAACAAUUAGAGAAGAAUAGAAGAGUUAAAGAUGACAUUUUGAAAGAUAUGGAAUGUAACAUAAUUCCAGAAACAAGCGAUAGUAUAUGCAAUACCAGAGAAAAUCAAGAACAAUUAGAAAUGUUAUCUGUAGCAGAAAUUGCAAACUCAAUAGAAGAUAUUGAUGAUUCAGUCUUAGCGGAUCAAAAUGAAUAUUUGAUUAACGCUUGUAAUAGUGUUUUCGAAAAAUCAUACUCUAAUUACAGUACAACCGAAAUAUCACAUUCCACAACAGUUGAUAAAGAUUACGGUUUAGAUCAAUUUUUCUCAAAUUCUAAUACAGAAGCUGCUAAUGAUUCAAUUAAUUACGGAAAUGCUAAUAGUUUACAAGAUAAUUUGUCCAAAUCCUUAAAUAUUAAAGAUUCUCAAGUCUCCUUGCACAAGAAAGAAAUUUUAAAAAAACGAAGUUCAGAGACUCUGGUAUCAAGAGUUAAUUCAGUAACGAAAAAGCAAUUGCGUCAAAGUAAACAAUUAUUAGAUUCAAGACGGCAGAGUUUGUUGAGUAUGUAUGGAUUCCAAAAAAGAGCGAUUUAGAAGUACUGACUUUAUAAAUGUUAAACUUGGAUUAUUCACUAUUUUGUGAAAAUCUGGAUAUAUUAUCAAUAUUUUUGUAAGUAUAUGAUAGAUGUUGUGUUCUUUGAGUGUUUCUUAAAAUAUUGUAAAUAGAAUUUCACUGUAAUUAAGGAGACGUAAUAGCAGAUAGGCCAUUAAUAUAAACACGUCCAUUUAUUUAAAGUGGCAAAUCACAUGUAAAUUAAUACUGCAGAAAAGUGUGAAUUAUAUCUCGUCAUUUAUUUAUUGCUACACUGCCACAUACAAGAACUGCCAAAUGUAACAUCUUAUUUUAGUUUCUCUAUUUUACAUUAAAAGGUUCCUUUAAAAUUAAAUACAAAAUCUGUGAUAA